UGUAACACCAGUUUGACAUUGCUGUGUUGGCGGGGACCCGUUGCGCGCCUCAAGUCAACGGAGCUGAAGAAUAAAAAAAGAUUUUCUCUACUCUAAAUUACAAGAGUAAUUUCACUAUUUAGUCCACUCCCUUUCUGUUCUAAAGGAAACUAUGCGAGAGUGUAUCUCCAUCCAUGUGGGCCAGGCUGGUGUGCAGACUGGCAAUGCAUGCUGGGAGCUCUUCUGUCUGGAGCAUGGGGUGGGGCCGGACGGGGUGGUGCAGGAGGUGCAGACGGGGCCUAACUCCCGUGAGGACCCCUUCAAUACCUUCUUCAACACCGGGAGCUCUGGCCGCCAUGUCCCCAGGGCCAUAUUUGUGGACCUAGAGCCGACAGUGGUGGAUGAGGUUAGGAGUGGAACGUAUCGUCAGCUCUUCCACCCUGAACAGCUCAUCUCUGGAAAAGAAGACGCGGCCAACAACUACGCUCGCGGGCACUAUACUGUGGGCAAGGAGAUCAUCGAUACAGUCCUGGAACGCGUCCGCAAACUGACAGACCAGUGUACCGGGCUGCAGGGGUUUCUCAUCUUUCACAGCUUUGGUGGAGGCACUGGCUCUGGGUUCACCUCCCUGCUGAUGGAGCGUCUCUCGGUGGACUACGGCAAAAAGUCCAAGCUGGAGUUCGCCAUCUACCCAGCUCCCCAGGUGUCCACGGCUGUGGUGGAGCCCUACAACUCCAUUCUUACCACCCACACCACCCUGGAGCACUCCGACUGCGCCUUCAUGGUGGACAAUGAGGCCAUCUAUGACAUCUGCCGUAGGAACCUGGACAUCGAGCGCCCCACCUACAGCAACCUGAACCGGCUCAUUGGCCAGAUUGUGUCCUCCAUCACUGCCUCUCUGCGCUUCGAUGGUGCUCUGAAUGUCGACCUCACAGAGUUCCAGACCAACCUGGUGCCCUACCCCCGCAUCCACUUCCCCCUGGUCACCUACUCGCCCAUCAUCUCCGCAGAGAAGGCCUACCACGAGCAACUGUCAGUCGCCGAGAUCACCAGCGCCUGCUUCGAGCCGGCCAAUCAGAUGGUCAAGUGCGACCCCCGUCACGGCAAGUACAUGGCCUGCUGCAUGCUGUACCGUGGCGACGUGGUGCCCAAGGACGUCAACGCCGCCAUUGCCAACAUCAAGACCAAACGCUCCAUCCAGUUUGUUGACUGGUGUCCUACUGGCUUCAAGGUGGGCAUCAACUACCAGCCCCCCACGGUGGUGCCAGGCGGAGACCUGGCCAAGGUACAGAGAGCCGUGUGCAUGCUGAGCAACACCACCGCCAUCGCCGAGGCCUGGGCCCGCCUCGACCACAAGUUUGACCUGAUGUACGCCAAGCGUGCCUUUGUCCACUGGUACGUGGGUGAGGGCAUGGAGGAGGGGGAGUUCUCUGAGGCGCGAGAGGACCUGGCGGCCCUAGAGAAGGAUUAUGAGGAGGUGGGCACAGACUCUGUGGAAGGAGACGAGGAGGGAGAAGAGUACUAGGAGUCACCCUGCCAACGUGUCAUGGCCAGAAAAAGGGAUCACUCUUGUCUGUCUUUCAAACCUGUCCACUAAAAUGUCUUAUACUAUCCUGCUUCAAGGGUCAAUUGCAGAAAACUGCUGGUCUGUCAGCUGACCAUGGUACAGCUGUGGUAUCCAUUUGGACUGUAGCUGUAGUACAUGUGUGCAUUUGAGCAUAGUGUAUACCAAAUGAAUCCCUCUCAGUCAUGUCAAUUCCCUCUGCACUUGAACCUGCAAUUGACCCUCUGUACUUUUGAAUAAACCCAGUUCAUGAACA